UGUCUAUGCAGACGGAAGUGUUUCUCGGACGUACCGCUCGGCUGUUUAUCUCCGGGGACCACCGGAAGAGAGAGCAGCGGUCUUGUGGAGUGUCCAAACCUCGCCUUCGCCAUGGGAGCUCACCUGGCCAGACGGUAUGUCACCGAGAGGGACACCGAGCCCGACCCAGGCAGGAAAUUCGAGUUCGACCCUAUGUACGGUUGGGAAAACAGGAAAGAAAGAGAGAUGAUAGCGACCCAGGAGCAGAUGAACUUGGCCCAGCUGCCUUUAGAGCAGAGGGACUACUGUGCCCAUUACCUCAUGAAAGUCAUGAAGUGUAAGAGGGACAACUUUCCUAACUUCCUGGCCUGCAAGAAGGAGAGACAUGACUGGGACUAUUGUGAACACAUGGACUACGUGAUGCGCAUGAAGGAGUACGAGAGGGAGAGGAGGCUCCAGCUGAGGAAGAAGAGAAUCGAAGCUAAGGCUGAGGCUGCAUAAUCAGUACAUUCUUCUUCUUUGUAUAUACCUGCUAUGCUUCACAUUAAACAAUACUGUUUAAGGUCUACAA